AUGUCUUCUGUUCACAAAGACAAAAACUUCUCCGAGCAUGUCGAAGAUCAGCUCAAGGAAGACCAUCAUACGAUCACAUUUGCUCAUAAUAUCAACGCAAAAAUCAUCAACCCAUUGGCUGGCAUCUCCAAGCAACAGCUCUUCGAAAACGUAGCAACCUUUUGUGAAACCUACGAUCUGACAGACAAACUGUCAAUAUUCCAGAAAGGUGCUCUGGUAGCCCAAAGCCCAGAUGACUUUGACAACAUUGAAGAGCUCGACACUGAAGACAAGCAUCACCUUCGACGCGAGAUCACCCACAAAUUCCACUUGCCCAAGGACCUGUAUUUUACCAUUGCACUCUGCUCGCUUGGCUCUGCCGUCCAGGGAUGGGAUAACGCAGGUGCCAACGGAGCGAACCUUUCAUUUCCCAAGGAAUUCGGAAUCGAGCACAACACCUGGCUGGUCGGAGCAAUCAACGCUGCGCCCUCGAUUUCUGGCCUAUUCGCAGCAUGGUUUGCGGAUCCUCUGAAUAACAUGUGGGGUCGACGAGGAGUCAUUUUCUUUACUGGACUGUUUUGCAUCUUUCCGGUUCUUGCUCAAGCUUUCACCCAGAACUGGUGGGGAAUUCUGCUGUGCCGUCUGAUUAUGGGAGUUGGGAUGGGUAUCAAGAUCACUACUAUUCCGAUUAUGACUUCAGAAGUGGUACCCGCUACAAUUCGUGGUGCUUUGGUGAUGACUUUCCAACUGUGUGUGGCGUUCGGUAUUCUCGUCGGAUUCUCGUCUAACCUCAUAUUUCACAAAAUCGGCCCAUUGGCCUGGAGGUUCCAGCUAGGUGCAGCUUUUGCUCCUGCCGUUCCGAUCAUCAUUUUGAUUUGGUUCUGUCCUGAAUCUCCAAGAUGGCUUUUGAAGAAGUACCGCAUCAAAGAAUCCUUCCAAUCGUUCUGCCGCCUCCGAAACACCGAAUUGAUGGCUGCACGAGACCUGUACUAUGCCUACAACCAAUUCAUCGUCGAAGAAGAAGUCUUCGGCGGCUCCUCGUUCCUCACCCGCUUCACCGAACUCCUCACCAUUCCCCGCAUCCGACGCGCAACAAUGGGCGGUGCAAUAGUAAUGGUCGCACAACAAUUCUCAGGGAUCAAUAUCAUGGCGUUCUACUCGUCGACCAUUUUCGCCGAGGCAGGGUACAACAAUACCCAAACACUGCUCGCUUCCUUCGGCUUCGGAUUAGUGAACUUUUUGUUUGCUUGGCCUGCGAUAUGGACGAUCGAUACAUAUGGGCGAAGAAACUUACUGCUUUUUACAUUUCCGAACAUGGCGUGGUGUCUAGUUGCUGGGGGGUGUUGUUUUCUGUUACCGGAUACUGUGGACGCGAGGUUGCCGCUUAUUGCGUUUUUCGUUUAUUUGUUUACGGCGUUUUACUCGCCUGGUAUCGGUCCCGUUCCAAACGUCUAUGCGGCAGAGUGCUUUCCUCUGUCGCAUCGAGAAAUUGGAGCUGCGUCGUGUAUUUUCGUCAAUAACGCGCUCUCGAGUAUUCUGGGAUUGACCUUCCCAUCUCUUCUCGCAGCUUUUACUCCCACUGGAGCUUUUGGCUUCUACGCCAGUCUAAACAUGGUAGCUUUUACACUUAUAUUCUUCCUCCUCCCUGAAACCAAACAACGCACCCUCGAAGAACUCGAUUUCAUAUUCGGGGUUCCCACCCGUCGUCACGCGGCAUAUUACACUGGUACGUGGCUUCCAUGGGCAUUCAAGCGCUAUAUUCUGUUCCAGGGGAGCGCGAAGCUUGAGCCGCUGUAUCAUCUUGAUGGAUUUGGUGAGGGGAAUGCUGUUCCUGUGGGAGCUUUGCAUUGA